CUUCACAGUAGGUACUACUAAUUUAGUAGUCAUUUUUCAGUGGGUGCAGUGUCAUUGUACUGAAUGAACAAAAAAUGGCUGCAUUCCCCUUUAAACCAACUCCCAGUGGUAACUUUAAAGUUCAGUCGAACCAGGUAGUAUUCCAAUCAUCUACAGUUGGCGUUCUUUUAGCGGACCCUACUCAAGCUAAGGUGAAAGUAAAAUUUGAAGGCAAGGCAGCAGGUGAACCUGAAGAUGAUGAAAAUAACGAAAGUAGCUGUGAUCAAGAACAGCAACUUCAGUAUGAACCUAAAGAAGCAAAUAUUUGUUCAGAAACAAAAAAAGAUUUUACAAAUAGUACUAAAACUAAGCCACAUUCUUCUAAUGAUAAAAAUGGAGAAUAUUUGAGCAAUCUUGGUUAUACACAAGCCGAGCCAGUUGACUGGAUGAGAGUUCAAUUGCCCAAGAAACAAGAUUUAUUUCAAGAGUUCUAUCGAAGAAUACACAAUUUUAUAAAUACUGAUACAAUUGUUCGUAUAGGCCGCGAACAAUUUCAUUGUCAUCAUAUAGUUCUUGAGAUUUAUUCCUCAUUCUUUGAAAGCAACACAGCACGAGAAAUAGAAUUAUCACGUACAGAUGUAACUGCAGAAGCUUUCCACACAAUUUAUGAGUGGAUGAUAUUCAGUGGCCCAGAAAGUAAUAAAAUUCUAAAAAGGGAUAAUGUACUGGAUUUGUUAUGUGCUGCUCAGUAUCUUGGUAUCAAAGAUUUAGAACCUCAAUGCUGGUCAUUUAUCGUAAACGAGAACCUCUUCAACGAGGAUACAGCAUUUGCUUUAUAUAGAGAGGCGAGACUCAAAGGCAUGCCACCGGUGAUGGAUUUAAUGGUACCUCGAGUGAUGAGAUUCUUUUUACCACUUGUUGCUUCUAAAGAUUUUUUAGAACUAGAUCCAGACGAAGUUAUAACAUUUCUUAAGUCCAGUUACAUAUGCGUCACAAGCGAGAUAGAAGUUCUAAUGGCCGGUGUAAGGUGGUUGUGUGGAGAUUGGGCAAAUAGAAAAAUGCAAGCAGUGAACAUAAUGCGGUGCGUGCGUUUCGGUCUAAUCUCGCCUUGGCAGUUGGUGGAUAUCAAGAGGAAUCCUGAAAAUGCUGAGAUAUUAGAGAUUGUCAACGAACCAGAAAUACAGCAAAUGGUAGAUGAUGGCUUGGCGUACGUUAUAAUCAAAUAUUGGUAUGGAAAUAACUCUAAGAACUAUUAUCACUGGAUCGAUGUUUUGGGUUUGACCGAGCCAGCUGAGAGAAAUUGGAUUGGUGAAGAAAAGAACCACGUCACUUACAAGGAUUUUUUGCAAUACCUCGAACAGUUUCUAAUACAAAAAGAACAAAUGUAUCAACAAAUGGCAAUGAUGCAACCGGCGAGACGUUGCGACGACGGUCACGGCAGUUUGCGAGGUAUGGAUGAUAAAAUGGAAAUGCGAAGGCCUAAAAUAGACUUCCCACUGCCUGCGACAUUGAGAGGAAUGACCGGAGAUAAGUUCCCGACUAUGUCUGACUUUUUCGAUUGCAAACAAAAGGCAAAAGUAGAAGGUGAUUCACCGAGUCUAUCGCCUUCACCGAUGAACACCGCAAGAAGCUCCUUCGAAGAACCUAAAAAGAGUCCAAAUUUAAAGCAGAAACAGAAAAAUUUAGAGGAACCGUGCAAUGUGCGGCCACCGGCGAAGCAUCAGUGGUGUAAUCAAGAACAGGAGGUAUACAUGUGCAAAUUGAAACCGGAGCAUCGUCGCCUUCAAUUUAAAUCUGUUUACUACAGUGUGCAGGUCGGCGUAGUGAAAGAAGACACAGUGUCGCAGCUAGCUAUCUGGCUGCAGCAACGGCUGCCUUGUCUGGUGUUUGGAGGUAGAGAUCAAGCCACCGGCACCCGUCACCAACCGACCGACGCUAGCGCGACUCAGUGUCAUGUCGACACAGCUUUACCCAACAAGGCCACCAGUCCACAGAUAUCAAUGUUCAACCAGUCCAAGCAGUCGCUUGCUAGAGCUAACAUGAAUAAGCUCUCUACUUCCAUUCUCGGGCCCUCGAAUAAGAAUUACAUCACAGAUGGAUCGUUGUUCAAUUGGGACAGAGAAACUGUUUUGGUGUUCGGCGGUAUCGACCCCCACACCUCUUAUGGGGUUUCUGGUAACACUGGAAAAGAUAUUUGCAGGUUCGAUCCUGUCACAAACUCUUGGGAUUUAGUUGGCGAACUUCCGGAGCCGAGACACCAUCAUUCUGUUGCAUUUCUACGUGGACGCGUCUUUCUUGUCGGUGGAGCAGACCCUAGAGAAGACGAUUUGCGCGGCAAGUCAGUGGUGGUCUCCACGGUGUGGAGCUACGAGCCCGUCACCAGGUCGUGGUACAGCGAGUCUGGUCUCGCUAUACCGAGGAAGAACUUUGGGCUUGUCGUGCAUCGUAUGGCGCUGUAUGCUAUUGGAGGCCAGGAUAAGAAGGGCAGAGUACUACGUUCGGUAGAGAAGUUCGACCCAAAGACUGGAUCGUGGAGCGAAGUGCGGGCGAUGUCGACAGCACGGAUGGCCGCCGCCGCCACCAAGUACCGCGACUACAUCUGGGUGGCCGGCGGCAUGACGGGGGAGAAGAGACGACCCGUCUGCAUCAGCGUGGAGUGUUAUAGCUCCAAGACUAAUCAGUGGACGGAGAUACACAGUCUGCGAUUUCCAAGAUGUUUCGCUACAUUGUUUUCCAUGAACGAUAAGCUGUACAUUAUCGGUGGCGCUGGGAAAGUCUCUGAUAAGGAUAAAACUCCAAGCAGCGUGGGAGCGCUAGACGUUUGGAACUGGAAGGAACGGCAGUGGAAGCUGGAAACUGAGAUGUCCAUCCCAAGACACGGGCACGCUCUGGCGUACCUCGGCACGCAACUCAUUAUAAUAGGUGGCGUGACAACAAUCUACAUGCGCGCCUUAAGCAAUGUGGAAUCCUUCUGCUGCGAGCGCGGGGCUUGGAUCAGAGGGGUCGCUAACUUGCCUGCACCCCUGUCCGGCCACGGCGCGGUCACUUUACCCCCGGCGUCACUCAUGUGAAGCCAGUACGAUCGAAGGUGAUAUUUUGUUGCUGGGCUAUAAAUUGCAAGAUUUAUAUUUUUCUCAUUUUUCCUUAAAAAAUUAACUAUACUGCAGGCUUUAUUGAUGACUACUGUUUACCAACAAACAAAUUAAA